CAGCUUGUCCGGAGGUACAGAGAGAGGCCCUUCCUCUCUCCAGGCAGGCUGCGGGCUCCGUGGGGCUUUGGCACAGCCCUCCCUGCCUCCCCUGGCCAACUGCCUGGACCAGCCUUCCCUCUCGAGGGAGCCGCCUGCUGAUGGAUGCCCUGGACCCCGUCCACCCACCUCCACCUUCUGGUCCUCCCCCUCUCCUUGUCCUCCUCCUCUUCUCCUUCUUCAUGCUCUCUCCUGGGACUCCUCGCUCGCUCGCUCGCUGCUGGCCGCAGAAAACCGAGGCAGCAGGUCACAGCGAGCGCGCCCCUCCUCCUCCUCCUCCUCCAUGGCAACCUGGCAGCUGGGCGGACUGGCCCUGUCGGUCUUGGGCUUCCUGGGCGCCGUCCUGGCCUGCGCGCUGCCCACGUGGAAGGUGACGGCCUUCAUCGGCACCAACCUCGUCGUGGCUCAAGUCUUCUGGGAGGGCCUGUGGAUGAGCUGCGUCUACGAGAGCACCGGCCAGAUGCAGUGUAAGGGGUACGACUCGCUGCUCGACCUCCCGCCGGACCUGCAGGCUGCCCGGGCGCUGACAAUGGCCUCCAUCGCCACCUCCCUCCUGGCUCUCCUGGUCGCCGUCUCUGGAGCCGAGGGCACCCGCUGCGUGGGGGAUCCCGGGACCAAGGCCAAGAUCUCUGUGGUGGCUGGGGCCCUCUUUGCCCUGGCUGGGCUGGCCCUCCUUGUCCCAGUCUCCUGGUCGGCCAGGAACGUGGUCAGCGACUUCUACAACCCGCUGGUGCCCGAGGCCCUGAAGCGCGAGUUGGGCCUCUCGCUGUACGUGGGCUGGGCGGCCGGCGCCCUCUCGGUCUUUGGCGGAGCGGUGUUUGGCUGCUUCCCCCUUUGGACGGAGGGCGCCUGCCCCGCCACGGCUCACCCCAACACAGUUGGGUACCGGGCCGCGAAAGUGCCCGCCUCAGGCAGUUAUGCCCGCAAGGACUACGUCUAAGGGCCUGCGGAAACGCCUCUCUCUCUCGAGAUGCUGGUGGAUGCCGGGAGAGACAACGGAGAGGAAACUGAGUCACGUCGUGAGAUUACGGCUGCUCCCAUUUCGCUGCCUCUUUGUGUCACUUUCGAGAGGAGGGAGAGCCCUGGCCAACGUCCUCCUCGUCCUCGUUAGGCUUCCCGGAGGGACAGCCAUGGUGACAGCGAGUCCAUACAUCAGACAAUUUAAAAGUCAAAAAAGGGAAAGGGGCUGUUUGGAUGGGAAGCGCCCGUUUCGCUCAGAAACAGGACACACCUGAAUGCAAAUGUAAAAACCCAUGCAUUUCCUCCUGCUUGUUUCUGCUCAGAGGACUGUUAAGUAUGUGCCCUGUAACCGUCUUGAUAUGCGACUUACAAAA